AUGCUCUACCGCAGACUCUUUUCUGUUAAGGCCAUGAAAUACGCCAUCAAUACUGUAUCUCUGAUUGUGACCCUAUGGACUGCCUGCGGUAUUAUCGCCAGCUGCUUCACUUGCAUCUUAGCCGAGAAGCUGUGGCACCCCAUGCUCGAAGGUGGCUGCAUGGAUUUCCACUGGAACUAG